CUUUCAGAGCGCUUCCUAUAACAUCAAAAAUCUGACACCGUUUCAAUCCCUUGACAUCACGAUCAGUCCCUACACCUACUGGGCCACGACGCCAGAAACGGCUGCCCAGAUGAUGUCACCUAUGUCAGUUCCCUCAGUUCCUCUCAACCCAAGAGCCUUCGCCAUAGACUCCACAGACAUCAUGACAGGAACCACCAUGUAUUCAGCUGAAUUUCGCUGGUCCGAGCCUGCAGAGAUCAAUGGUGUUUUUGAAGGGUAUAAUGUGUCAUGGGGAACAGACGUGGAGCAGCUCACGGUGUUCAAUGUCAGCGUAGAUGUAGAUGUGUUUUCAUUCGCCAACCUCACAGCUAACACCACAUACUUCUUUCAGGUGGAAGGCUUUACAUCUGUAGGUAGUGGACCAGCUACAGACCCUGUCAGUAUCACCACAGGAGUGUCUCCUCCCCCACCGACCAUAGUGGUGAGCAAAGGAAACGCAGGAGUAACUCUGACUGAUCCGGACACCAAAGAAGAGAUCCCACUGCUUGGAGGCAUAGCCAUCUCAGUCGUUGCCUUUGUUGCUAGCGAGGAUAAGGUCUUCUUCGUAGAGACUUCAGGGGAUCUAGAGAUCUACAGGAGCAAACUGGAUGGGUCAGAUCGUGAGGAGCUUCUGGAGCUGGGCAAUCAGCAGCCAUACCAGGCAGGUUUCGUCAUCGACUGGGUCUCACAGAUAUUGUACUGGAGUGACAAUAGUGCCAUCUAUAGCUUCGAUACCACUCUACCUGUUUCCAUGGCAAUUAUGGAGGAGGUGUACGAAGCACCAGAGGGAAACACAGUCGAGGGAAUCAGUGUGAAUCCGCAUGGAAACUCUCUGGUAUGGGCUGAGAACACCCAAUCAACAUCAAUACUGAUGACCUCUGACCUCAACGAGUGGGUUCCCACCCCAUUGUUUGGUGCCACCAACAGUCAGCGGAAAAGACGGGCUACAGAGAACUGCACAUGCUCAGACACCUUGACCCCUGGGUCGGCGGUGUACAUUGACAGUUCAAACGCGGAUGCUCCAACUCUCUUCUUUGUUGAUGCGACCUCUGAUGACCUUUGGAUCUCUGACCUUGCUGGAUGCCAGUGUGAAAGGCUCUUUGAGGCAGCGUCACAAGCCCAAUCAGGCCUCCCACCAGACUCUCUAUCCGUAGACAGCAGCCGGGUCUAUUGGUCCAACACAGCUCAGGGUGUGGUGGCCAGUAUUGACAAGCAGACUGGUGCAGAUUUUCAGGGCCAGACUGACCAGACUGAUGUGAAUUUUGUGCUGACGUAUGGUACCAGUCUUCAACCUUAUCCAGCUCCUGAGUGCCUUGCACCGUCCGACUACACAGACCCAACACAGCUAUCAGCUGCAAGAAGUGAUAGUUUGACCGUGACCUUUGACCCUGUGUCAGAAUGCGAGGGAGUGAGUACGGCGACAGCUAUCUAUGCUGUAAGCUAUGCCAUGGUGGAAAGCGAGAGCUCUGAUCUGAACUGCACUACUAGCAACCUUACAUGCUCUUCAGAGGAGACCACAUCAAACCAGGCAAUGCUGGAUGGCCUGGAACCCUACACCUUCUAUGUGACCCAGGUCUCUGUAAGGAACCUCUACUCCAUGGGAACACCUGUCCUUGGACCUGUGGCUAUCCAUAGGACAAGUCCUGGAGUGCCAACUGCUGCACUGAUGGUGGCUGUUGCUGUCCUCACCCCGACCGAAGUAAACGUGACCUGGUCGCGACCUCUAGAGGUCAACGGGCCGCUGGAGGAGCUUCGGUUCAGGGUCAAGAUCUCUACGGAAACUACAGAAUUCAGGACAGGCUAUGUUGAUAGUCCAGUCGGUGGAGAUGGUCAAUACUCACUGAUUAUAAGUGAUGGGCUUGCUGCUGCCACCGAGUAUACUUUCAUUGUUGAGUCCUACCAAGCCUCAAUAUCUUCAGACUCCUUCAGCAUGAGUCAGCCAGAGACAGAGACGACCUUCCAGGAGCCAGCCAUGGUGGAAGAGACGUCCAAGACCAGUACCACCCUGUCAGUCUCCUGGCUGGCUCCUGAUGAUGAUAGUGUCAUGUUCCAUUGGAUCCAGUAUAGAGAGGAUUCCUCUUCCGAAUGGCAGGAUGCUCUCACAAGCAACACAACCUCAGGGGUCCGGUACAACGUAACAAUCGGUGAGGGGGAGAUAGACCCCCUCCUCCCCUACACUGACUAUCAGGUGCGCUCCAGGGUUCUUUAUAGAUCUGGUCAGGAGUAUGACUACACUGGGAAUGAAGAUCUUUUAUUAUCAUCAAGAACUGAAGCUGACAGCCCAGAUGCCCCAGGGGUCCCCACAGUAACAGAGACAGGAACAGAUCCAGUAACUUACGUGGUUCGAUGGACAGAACCGAACAGAGCUAAUGGACCUGGACGUCUUCAAUAUACACUUGAAACACGAGCUAUGUCUACGGGAGAGUGGAACCAAGUCUAUGACGGUCUUAAUACCAAUUGGAUCAUAGUUGACCUCCUGGUGGGCGACUCGUACAGCUUUCGGGUCAAGGCCAGGAAUAAUGACUAUGAGGGACCAUACAGUCCUACCAGCGACGCUGCGGUCUUACCCAAUCCUUCAACUGACAGUACAGUAUAUAUCAUCAUAGGAGCCGUGGUAGGCGUUCUGGUCAUUGUAGCCAUCAUCAUUAUUGUUCUAGUUUGCCGUCAUCGGAAGAGUGAUGGGGGCAAGUGGCCGCAGUUCCAGGAAGACGUGGAGCUCGCUCAGCUCAGAAAUUAUCCCAACAUGGCGAUACGUCAGGAAAACUCUAACUAUGCUGUCACACAUGAUGGCAAGGAAGUUCUUCUUCCUAUAUUCCAGAGAGAGAGACUCAAGUUGAUCACCUUCCUUGGGAGUGGUGCGUUCGGUGAGGUGUUUGAGGGAUCUGCCCUUGAUAUCCUUGGAGACGGGACUGGCGAAGCUAGAGUUGCGGUGAAGACUUUACGAAAGGGAGCUACUGAUGAAGAUAAACAGGAAUUCUUGAAGGAAGCCACUGUUAUGGGAAAAUUCAAGCAUCCCAACAUUGUAUUACUGAUGGGUGUGUGCCUCGACAAUGACCCACAAUACAUCAUCCAAGAGCUGAUGGAAGGCGGAGAUCUUCUCUGUUACAUCAGAGCAGCGAGGAUGCCAGCUCCUACCAAUAGCAAGAUUACACUCAUGGACCAAAUUGAGAUCAUUCUGGAUACGGUCAAAGGAUGCGAGCAUUUGGAAGAAUUGCAUUUUGUGCAUAGGGAUCUUGCAGCAAGGAACUGUCUCGUGUCCACCAAGUCUUACGAAGCUCACGAGCGAGUGGUCAAGAUAGGUGACUUUGGCCUGGCCAGAGACAUCUACAAGAAUGACUACUACCGCAAAGAGGGCGAGGGCCUCCUCCCUGUCCGCUGGAUGGCUCCAGAGGGCCUGAUGGACGGCUACUUCAGUGUCCAGUCUGACGUCUGGGCAUUUGGUAUCUUGAUGUGGGAGGUCAUGUCAAGAGGUCAGCAACCAUAUCCUGCCAGGUCAAACGUAGAGGUCCUAAGGUUUGUAGAGGCUGGUGGAAGGCUGAGUCAACCGGAUCAAUGCCCUGAUGAAAUUUACAUGAUGAUGAGACGAUGCUGGGAGCGAUCAACUGAAGAUCGGCCAUCUUUCAAGAUGCUGAAGGAGAUGAUCCAAGAUUACAGGAGGAAAUCAGUUGGACCAAAUGGAGCUGAUAACUUUGCAUUUGAAGGAGAUGGCAAAGUGGAUUACUCUCGUCUCAAGGAUAUCCCUCCAGAGAUGGAAGACUACCUGCUACCGAUUGAUAGCAAGGGAGACAUCAUCAAGGACAAACCCAACAUCGAGCUCCCGCCCGACAUUGACUACGACCUCGCCGAGAAGGAUCUCGCCAGUGCAUCCUUUAAAGAGGAACAGAAGAAGGAGAAAAGGAAAGGCAGCAAGAAAGGCAGCCUUAGAGGGCGGUUACCCGGUGGAGCGUCCGCGGCAGAUCCGACGCCACGCCUUGAGGCGGCGCUCCAUGAUCUAGAGAACAACCGUGAGCGAGGGCGGGACAUUGAUGAUCAGAGAUACCUCAAGUAUCCUGUAGGAUCUGUCAGCAAGGCAACAGGAGCGGGCGUGGCCAAUGCAACAGAUGGAGCAGUUGGGGGCGCAACGGGCCCAGCUGUGGACGAUGGCAGUGCGGAAGGCGCGGUUGGGUACUCCGCGGGCGCGACCAUGAAUGGUGACGCCCCAAACAGGACUGACCUGUCAAAUUACGCGCAGGCGGGAAAGCGGCAUCCAAACCCGUUUCGCGCCAACUCAAUGGAGGAGCUUGAUGGGUACGAUAAUCUUUCCUUUGCUUCAUCAGGUGCUAAGGCAUCAGGAGGAGCCAAGCCAUCCGGAGGCAUCUCUGUUACGGGGGAUAUCACAGCAACGGACUAUGCCAAUGUAUAACGCUUUCUUGAUAGCCAUCUCAAGCUAUUUAUAGCACAAAACUCUUUGAUCAUAUCCGUGUUAGACAUGUUUUUCGAGGCUACCACAUUGAGAUAAUCUUCAUCAACAUCAAAAGUGAAGAUUCUUGGAUGCCUUGAAAUGCAGGAAGCUCGUAUGCAAGGUUAGAAGCUGUCCACGCUCACCUUAUUCUGUUGAAUGAAUGUUGAUUUUUGGCAUAACGUGCAUUUUGAAUUAAUAGUGCCCAGGCCCAGUUUUUUAUGGCUAUGUAUUCAGUGGGUUGACUAGAAAAUUUCUGAAGGAGCUGAUCUCUCAAUGAUAUAACAUAAAACUUUGAACUAUACAUCCAGCGAAAUAGUGUGUGUAUGAUUUAAACUAUGCUAAUGUGAUGAAAUGCCAAUAUGAAUUCAAUUUUAUUAUAGUGAAUACAGCAAUGUAUCUUAGACAGCUGAAUGAAACAUCUCGUAUUUAAGUGAAGAGGCCUUUAAAAAAUUAUCAGACCUUCCAUAUUUAAUAUCAAGAAGUGAUGAAAUAUUGAUGUGUAUAUUUAAUGUUGAAAUUGAUCUUCGUAGCUUCUAAAUGGGAAUGAAUUGGAAUUGAAUCACUACUAUGUUUGUGUGCUCCAUCCGUUCAGAUCUAGCCUAUUAAAGAGGCAAGGGGGAACUUGUGAGAAAUGCAGAAAGAAGAUGUCUAUUUAUCUUUUGAAUAUUUGCAUAAAAUUCCUGUUGACAUAUAUAAUGACAGCAUUUUGCCCACAGCAUUCCCUCAAAUUCAUAAUGUUUGCUUAUUUAGACAAGACAGACAAUAUGCUUGUACAUGACUACCAGACAAGGUUUGAUAUUUAAUUUCCAUUCUAGUUCCAUUUUAUAGUCAUAUAUAUUUUUGUUUUUAAAAUGAUUUCCGUUUUGGGAAAAAUGUGUAUAUUUCUGGUGCUUUUAGUUUCAUUUUAUAUUGUUAUUUGCCGUUCAGGUCUAGAGUGUAUGCUGCAGUGUAGAUCUUUUGUACCGCUUGCAUUUUAGGAGACUUUAUUCUUCAUUUAUUGAUACUUUUAUAAGGGUAUGCUGGACAUACAUUUAACAUUCAUUUCUUGUACUUAUCGUUCUGGUUUGCCAAUAGCGAAGGUUUGCAAAUGGAGUAGAAGCUGCAAAAUGCACUGAAUGGAAAUAACAGAAUUACCUCUACUUAAAUUUUUGUAAGAAAGGUCUUGAAUUGUUUUACUAUUCUAAUACAUUUGAUAUUAUUUUUCAGGAUAAACAGAGAGAGAGAGAGAGAGAGAUUUUUGUAUAAAAUAACAUCACCGCACACUAAAUCUAAAACUAAUGAAUGAUACAGUUUCCAGGAGAUUCCAAGUGCUUAUUUAAACGAGAGAAAGAGAGAUUUCUUCAUACUUUUGUUGCAUUUUUAUUUUUAUUUUUAUUUUUCAGGUUUAAUUCACUGUAAUGAUUGAUCUUCCAUCGAUACUGAUUUUAGAUUGGAUUGAAACUCCUUAUAAAUGAAAGCAGUGUUUGUCAAAAUUUGAAAGUUGUGAAUUAGGCAAAUUAAUCGCUUUAAUGUUGGAAAGGAAAUGAACUUAAUGAAGGAAGAUACAUUUAUGAAAUCUACUCUAAAUGCGGGAUUGAUAUAACAUAUAAUGAUCUCAUUUAUUCUACUAGAAUGGAUAGACUGAUGCAAAAUUAAAUUAUUGUGAUGCCUGCGACUUUCUCAACAUUGUCUUUGUACUUUUCAUUUACUGACACACAAAAAAAAAGAACUCUGAAAGGGUAAUAAACAGCUGAAAACCUAAAAAAUGAACCCCAGGUCAGACUGAUAUGGUAUUAUUCAAAACUGCUACUAUGAUGCUUUCAGCAUUCAUACUCAUCAUAUAAGAUGCUCUAGGUGCUCUAAUAGUAACCCAGCUAUAGCCAAGGCUACCGAGAUAGAAAAUAGUAUCUUCUUUUAGAAGAAAACAAAGAAGCAAAACAAAGAAGCAAGCAAACAAGCAAGCAAACUAGUAAUACAAUUUUUUUCUUCUUGGGGGCGGGGGUUGUUUACAUAGUCAAAUUAAACAUAAAAUCUCUAUCUAUGAACUUUGUAUUCUGAUGACCUAUACAACUUCAUUUUAUGAAAUUAUAGAAAGUUGUAUAUUCACACAUUUUUACAGAUGUUCAUUUUUAUUAAAGAUGGGCUGUGUUGAUUUGGAACUUUGUUUUAAAAGGUAUUAUAUAGGAUAUAUGAAGGAAAAAAAUGGUGCUUUAUGUAUAAUUGUGAUUCUGUACCCGAUGUGCCUCUGUUGACAUUUGCUGCUUCUGCGAAUUAAGUUAUAACUUUAUUUACUCAAUGAAAUUAAGAGCAAUGUAGUGAAUAUUUAAUGUAAAAUCUACUUAUCCAAAAAUUAUAGUACUAUGAAUAUAUUUUCUAAGUUAUAUUUGGGAAUGUUUCAAGUAAACGCUGUCUAUAUCAUAUGUAUUUCGUUUACCCAUAGUUUCUGUAUUUAGACCAAGAUUGUACUCAAUCAUAAUUAAAUCAGUACUGGAACAAUAUAUUGUAUAUUCAAGUAUAUUCUUGCUUCCCAUCACAUGUUACUCAUUAUACAUACAGUCAACCAUGCAAAAGUCAAACUCGCAUAUGUUAAAGGUAAUCGCAAAACUUCUCGUCUGUGUUUUUUUUACCCAUGUAAAUUGAAUCUUAUCUAAGGAGAAGCAAUUUGAUAUUAAGUCCCAGUCGAUACGACUUGCACAAAUUUGACUGUAUUGGGUAUCUGUAUAUAAUGUAUCCAUAUGUCGAUCAUUCAAAAUGAGCAAGGUCUUGUUUCGACAGUACAUGUAUAAUGAGUUCGAGAAUGAAUUUUCUAGAAAUUAUAUACAAUGUAAUUGAAUUAUUCCAGAAUAUUGUAUUCAUAAAGCUAGCAUUCCUAAUCUAAUACGUGCCUUGCAUGUAAUUGUUAUGUAGAAAUUUUGUUAGUUAAUCAAAAUGUAAAUAUCAUAUACAUUCAUGUUCAUAUUUAUAUAUUUUAUAUACUUUUCAUGUCUUAUUUGAAGGGAGAAUGAAAUUGAUUUUUUUUUUACAGUUAUUUAAAUCUAUCAAUCAAUUGAUUAAAGUGAGUGAUAACAACUCUGUGGUGAAUUUUAUGAAA